ACCCUCUACUCUCUGGUGCAUCUUCAUCGUUCCGUGAAGGCGACCUAAUAGCGUGUGUCUGUUGUGAUUGUAGGUUGCCCUAGUGAUGGGUGUUUCCUUUGUGUUCUCCGCGGCGUUGUUUGCCUGCCUCUCCUGUAUUUCCUUCGCGCAAUCUCCAGCCAGAACAACCGCACCAGUCCCGUUGCCAUCGUCCUGCCCAUCUCCAACAACUGGCCCAGAACAACAGCAGGAUGGAGAUGCGUGGACUGGCAUGCCGGGAAGCAUCACCGAGAGAUCAUUCUUUGCCAUAAAGCCGGAUGGUCUUCAGCGGGGUCUGGUCGGAGAGGUGAUGUCGCGUUUCGAACGAAAGGGGUGGAAGCUGGUCGGGCUCAAGAUGCUCACUCCCGGCCGACAGCUUGUGGAACGCCACUAUGAGGAGCACGCCGACAAAGACUUUUUUGAGAAGUUGUUGGACUACAUGUGCUCUGGCCCGGUCGUGGCCAUGGUGUGGGAGGGGCACAACGUCAUCGCCGGGGGACGCAAGUUGUUGGGCGCGACGAACCCACUCGAGGCGGGAGCGGGCACAAUACGAGGAGACCUCUGCACGAACGCAGGGCGAAAUCUCGUUCACGCUUCGGAUGGGCCGGAGUCCGCCCGACGCGAGAUAGAGCUGUGGUUCAGUCGGGAGGAAACCGUUCAGUGGGGUCGCGCAACGGAUCCUUGA